AUGACCUGGUUGUUCCCGUCAAAAAUCACUAAGUCACACUUCUACGUGUGGUAUCUCGGCUCCAAAGAAGCUGAUGGCGUACGUGGAUCAGCGAUCUCGUCGAAAGGCCUCAAACUCAUACAAACUGUUCCCGCUAUGACGCGAAAGGGAAAGGUGAAAAUGCAAGUUGUAAAAUUCCAAAUUGCUGCCAGCUGCAUCACAUACAGCAUGCUCGGCAAGGCGCCUUUUGAUGACGUCGUAGGCGUGGUGAUGUUGGUUCUGAAUCCAGAGAUGAACUCACCGGUGCAUGUGCACUGCUACCGUUGCGAUAGUUCUGAGACAGCUCGUAUCAUGCAAGCAAACCUUCAGCUACUGACCUCCCGUCCAGAAGUCCAGCGUUCCAUCAGCGAUUUAGAGCAACGUCUCUUUCUUUCCGGAUUACUGAUGCCCAGGUGA